CGACAACGACAUUUUUAGAAUUGAGCAUCCCUCUUUUUUUUGUUCCACUGCGGGAGUACCGACAGGUUCUCAUGUCCUUCAAUUACCAGGGCGCCCCGAUUCACAAUCCAAGUUCUCCGGACGCACUAGGACUGUCUGCCUGGUCUUUGUUUGGGAAUGCGUUGUUGGCCACGGCACUCUUCAGAUGCUGGCACAUCUUAAUCUUCUUUGGUGCUUGGUCGACUGCUAUCUGUGUGGUCAACUAUAACGGUCAUCACGUAUCAUUGCAGCCAACUCUUAUCACCGUAUUUGGUACUGUCCUUGGUUUUGUCAUUUCCUAUAGGACUACUUCCAGUUUCGAACGUUACAAUGAGGGACGAAGGCUUUGGUCACAGAUUGUGCUUGGAAGCCGUACCUUCGCUCGCACCGUGUGGCUCCACGUACCAGACAACGCGUAUCCGAGUGCUCAGGCACUCACAGACCAGCAGAAGGAGGAAUACAAAGCGAAGACUCUGAUCGAGAAGAAAUCCGUCGUAAACCUGCUCGAAGCAUUUGCCGUCGCCGUUAAGCAUUAUUUGCGUGGCGAAGACGGCAUCUACUAUGAGGAUCUGUAUUACUUGGUUAAAUUCCUUCCUAAGUAUCCGUUUCCGCCGACAAUCCCUUCCGUCGAUCUCGAUCGGACAAGUAUCACAAGUGAUGGUGUUCCUGCAUCACCACGCUCGGGGCACUUCCAUGGAUCACUCACGAGGAGAACGCCGGCUCCGGGUCAACUUCCGCUCCCGAAUACCGCUCCUACACCUUCGCUCCGGGUUGCGACGGAAAAGACGCUUCACACCGACGGGCGUCCCCAAAGGGGUGUAAAAUUUUCUACGGCCCCCGUUGACCUAUUCCCUGCUAUGAAUCCUCCCAAGUACUCGCUGCUAGAUUUAUUCCCAUUCUCGUUACUAGUCUGGAUGCUGACUAAGGAUGGGCUGCGUAAGAACGGGGCUGCUGUGAAAGGAAAAAGGGCGGCGAAACGGAGAGCUACGAUGCGCAGUCAAUAUUAUAACAUUCCUCUAGAAAUUUCAUUGUAUUUGGGUUCUUACGUCUCUGCCCUGCAAUCUCGCAAGGUUGUCGAUGCACCAACUACCACUGUUUUACUCGCUACAAUUACCCAGCUUGUAGAUGCUCUAACUGGUCUUGAAAGGAUCCUCACUACCCCAAUACCAUUUUCAUAUUCCAUUCAUUUGUGGCUAGUAACUGUUGUAUAUUGUUUGGCUUUGCCAUUCCAGGUCUGGUCAACGUUGAAAUGGGUCACGAUCCCUGCCACUGUUGUCGCGAGUUUUAUCUUCUUUGGCUUCCUCGUUGCCGGUGAGGAGAUCGAAAAUCCCUUUGGAUAUGACAAAAAUGAUCUGAACAUGGAUCACUUCGUGCACAACAUAAUACGCAGGGAACUUCACGCUAUCAUGGCGAUGCCUCCACCUGACCCUAGUGUUUGGGCGUUCUCCGAGGAGAACGACCUCCUUUUCGCGAGCUUGGAUACAGAGGAACGCGUGUCACCCUCGGAGUGGGUGCAACGGGGUAUAUCAAAGAUGCAAAAUGCGCUUAGAGUGCAGUGAUUUGGGCCUCUCAUGGCUUGUGAAAAGGGAUUUUCAUUGGACAUUAAUAUUCCAACACAAAUGAUUUAUUUCAAGACUUGCCGCAUGUGUUGUUCCUGCUGCUCCGCAUCUGCUGUUGUGCUUGAUGCUAUUCGCUCUUUGUUCGUCCGAUCUAGCACCACUGCCAUCAUGCUGGAUGACUUAGAUUGAGGGUUUUGUGCUGUACCGUGCGAAUGAGAAGUUUUGCAAAGCUUUGAAGUGCUGUAACAUGGCUCAAGCUGCCCGUAUCUCACAAUUGCUAUCUAGCUUGAUAGAAGCUCCUUGCGGUGACGAACAAGGAUAGCUUUUUUAGUACUAGUAGCAAUGAGCGCUCC